AGCGUGGCUACAUUAGUUGGCGCGUAAAUUUGAAAUUAUUUAGAGGUGUUCAAGACAUGUAUGUUACACGAUUGAAAUAUUUUAUAAAGCGCCACCAGGAAAUAAACACUGAUUGCCUACAUGUACUUAAAAGAUUCAUUGUACAAUAGCAAUGCAGUAUCCUAUCAACGUAUAUCGGUCAGUGUUUACAGACAACAUUGCACAAGCCAACAAAAGAAUAUCAGAACUGUCAUACAGUUAUGCUUGGCCUAAUGUCAUUGAAGAAAUACAAAGUUUUCCAGACAUGGUUAACACAUGUAAAUUCCCAACGAACAAUUCUGAACCAGCUAAAUUAUACACACCUUUACAUCAAGCUGCCAAUGGGAGAGCACAGAAGAACGUGUUUGAAGAAUUACUUAAACUUGGAGCUUCCAAAACGUUGAAAACUGCAAAGGGUGAAACGGCAUAUGAUAUUGCGAAAAGACUAGGAAUGAGUGAAGACAUUCUAAAACUGAUUGAAGUUCCUGAAGAAGUUACUAAAAAUUACGAGGAGAUACAAAAAAUGGAAAAGGGACUUCAUGACGUAAUUAAAGAAAGAGUUGAGAGUUUGAUUACAAAAAAUGGUCAAGCACUUCCUCAGUUGGCAUAUCUUUACGAGUUUGGAGAGUUUUAUUAUCCAGUUCCAGGGAUGUAUGGUGGCUUUUCGGUAUCCAGACAUGAAAAGGGUAUACAGGCAGAAAGUUGGAUCCGGGUUUGUGGAGGAAGUGGCCAGCGUCAUGUGAUUGACCGGAAUGGGAAUGUUACCUUAGAUGCAGAGGGAUUUUGCUAAAUUAUUAAUUAAUGCAAUAUCUACGUUAAUGUAUACCUCAUUUAUUAACACACAUUUAAGAUUUGAAUUAAUUUAUCAAAUAAAAUAUGCCAAAAGAUUUUGAAUAGUAACGCCACAGCCGUUGCUUUGAAAGCGGCAAUUUUUGCCUUACCUUCGAGGCAAUAUCUGCUGCUUUGUAAAUAUUGCUGCAAUUUUAUUCAUUUAUGUUAUCAUUUCUAUUAGUCAUUAAUGAACUGUCCUUAAAUAUGUGUAGUCGUCAUAUUUUAUAGAUAUUACAACUUAAAUGACGACUAUAUGUAGGAAAACAGAUAUUGAGUUAUCAAUAAAACGUUUUUCUAUGAGCGGCGAUUUCUGUCGUACCUGGUAAAAUGCCAAUGAAAUACUAAUGUUAACUCAAUACCAAGAUAUUUGAGUAAUUAAUUGGAGUACUAUUGAACUACGCUGCACAGAAAUAUAAAUGACCAGUAAUACCAAGAACAUGUAUAUUUUCACAUUCUUUGUAAUAUAAAUAAAUGCUAAAUAAAUUUA